AGCGCGUUGGCUUGGUGGCGUUGUAGUCUUGGCAGCGAGCAGCUCUGGGCCGGCUGAAUACGCCGCCUGUGCUAGCCUGGACUACACAAUCCAGCAAACCCGAGCCCCCGCGGUGCAAGGAAGAACAAUGGCAGAAAACGAGACGGGAUGCGCUGCCAAGGAUGGCCAGGGUGCGGAGGUGGUCGCGGCGGGCAAGACAAGCAGUGGCAGCAGUGACAAGGCAUUGGACCGAUUAAUACCUCCUGUCACCAGCAGUUUGUCGUCACGUAAGCGAACCACGAGCCAAUGCAUCUCUGAGCCGCCGCUCUUGAGGACGAAGAAGCGGACGAUAUAUACCGCAGGGCGACCCCCGUGGUAUAACGAGCAUGGAACGCAGUCCAAAGAAGCCUUUGUUAUCGGAUUGUGUGGCGGAAGCGCUUCCGGGAAAACGACGGUGGCCAGAAAAAUAAUAGAAGCGCUGGACGUGCCCUGGGUCGUGCUGCUCUCUGUUGACUCCUUUUACAAGGUUCUGACUAAAGCACAACAAGAGCGAGCUGCCCACAAUGAAUAUAACUUUGACCAUCCCGACGCUUUUGAUUUUGACCUCAUCGUAUCCACUCUCCGAAAACUGAAGCAAGGAAAAAGUGUGAAGAUCCCGGUGUAUGACUUCACAUCACAUUCCCGGAAGAAGGACUGGAAAAUAUUAUAUGGAGCCAGUGUGAUCAUUUUUGAAGGCAUAUUGGCCUUUGCUGAUAAAGAAGUAUUGAAGCUCCUGGACAUGAAGAUCUUCGUGGACACGGACUCUGAUAUCCGGCUGGUCCGCCGCCUACGGAGAGACAUCGCCGAGCGUGGGCGGGACAUCGAGGGGGUUAUCAAACAGUACAACAAGUUUGUCAAGCCGUCCUUUGACCAGUUCAUCGAGCCCACGAUGCGGCUCGCAGACAUCGUGGUUCCACGAGGUGGCGGGAACAUGGUCGCCAUCGGCUUGAUUGUCCAACACGUUCACAGCCAGCUGGAAGAGAGGAAACUGCGGUGGGAUAUGGCCACUUUGGCAUCUGCACAUCAGGCGCAACCUCUGCCAGAGACGCUGAGUGUGUUGAAGAGCACUCCGCAAGUUCAGGGGAUGCACACAUUCAUCAGAAAUAAAGACACUUGUCGAGAUGAGUUCAUAUUCUAUUCCAAGAGAUUGAUGAGACUGUUAAUCGAGUACGCACUGUCACUGCUGCCGUUCAGGACAUGCACAGUUCAAACUCUGCAAGGCCAGGACUAUGAGGGGAGAAGGUUCGACGGAACAAGAAUAACAGGCGUGUCCAUUCUAAGAGCGGGGGAGACAAUGGAGCCGGCCUUACGAGCGGUGUGCAAAGACGUGCGAGUGGGCAAAAUCCUCAUCCAGACUAACCACACCACCGGGGAGCCAGAGCUUCAUUACUUAAGACUGCCGAAGGACAUCAGUGAAGAUCAUGUCAUUUUAAUGGACUGCACAGUGUCCACAGGAGCCGCAGCUUUGAUGGCAAUCAGAGUCUUAUUAGAUCACGAUGUCCAAGAGGAGAAGAUCUUCCUCAUCUGCCUGCUGAUGGCAGAGAUGGGCGUUCACUCAGUCGCCUACGCCUUCCCCCAAGUGAAAAUCAUCACCACUGCAGUGGACAAAAAAGUCAAUGAUCUGUUCCACAUCAUCCCUGGCAUUGGUAACUUCGGAGAUCGUUACUUUGGGACGGACGCGCCCACUGAUGGGUGUGAAGACGACGAUGGCGUAGCAAUGUGAUGCGCGUCUGUGUGUGAUUCUUGCACCAUAGUAUUCAAGCCCCUCGUGGAUUAAUAGAUGAACGGUUUAAGUUUCGGACACGCUGCCUGGAUUUUAGUUGCAACGGUCAGCUGCUCCUCGUUAGAUCGAACAAAAACUAUCCUGUGGCUUUGGAGUUGGCUCGAAAUACCUCCUCAAAAUGCUGCCCUUUCUCCAGCCUGUUAGUUCAUUUAACAUCCAAAGAACAAUAGUUUAAAAGAUACAGCACCUGCUAAUCGGCUGACAUCAUCCUGCAAUGGAUAAAUAGUUGAUUUACAAAAUUACAGAUUAUUUUUUAAAGGGAAGAAUUUACAUUAUCUUGCAGCAUUGGAAAAUAAUGCCACCAUUUAUUUCAACAAAAAAAUUGUGGAAGAUUCUUAUUUUUAUUGUUACAUUUUAGAUAAUAUAAUAUUUUAAAUUGAAAACAAAUGAAUGUAAGAUUUCUCAACAGAUACUGAAGCACUCUACAAUUGUUUAAACCUCUUUGGAAUAGGCGUGGGAUUUGCAGCAAGUUUAAUGUUGGUACAUUAUUAACGGGCGCUUAAGUUAUAGACUGUUAUUGACAUUUAUCACAAUGACUGCGUUACUUUUGGAGAUUGUUCCUGAGCACUUUAGAAAUCCAAAUGUGUGAUUUAUCAUUCCUAUAUAGAAGAUCGGUGUGGAUUUAAAUGCAUUGUAAACUUGCUACAAGGAUUAGCAGCACCCUGACCCACAACAAAUUAAGUGUAGGAAUUCAGAGCACUGUGAAGAGGUUUUACUGCACAGGGAGAGAUCAUUUAAUCCGCUGCCUUGGCCAGAUAUUAGCUGGCUACAAUCCCGCACUGUAUCGUUUAUCAAUGAGAACCUCUUGUAUUUUAAAAUAAAAAGCUUUAUAUUUUGA